UUUCCCCUGAAGAGGGGGGAGAUUCGGUGCCUCUUUGGAGAGUGACUCUUUACAUCAUUCUUCUGUGGAGAUUCUUCGGUGAGUAAUCGCGAGAUCUACUGGGGAAGUCGUGUUUGGCUAAUUUUUUUUUUGGGUAGUAUUGUUCUUGGAGCGAGAUGGUGAUGGAGUCGUGGUUUGGUAGUUGGUGGAAGAAUUCGCGGAGAAAUAAUCCUGAGCCUGGAAAGGUUACCAUUGGGGUGUUGGCAUUUGAAGUUGCGAGCUUGAUGUCAAAGGUGGUUCAUUUAUGGCAAUGUUUGAGUGAUAAGCAAGUUGUUAGGUUGAGAGAAGAGAUCAUGAAUUCGGUUGGUGUCAGGAAGCUUGUAUCAGACGAUGAUGAUUUCCUAGUCGGGUUAGUCUAUGCGGAAAUGGUCGAUAAUUUGGGGUUUAUAGUGAGAUCCGUGGCUAGGCUUGGGAAGAAGUGCUCCGAUCCCGUAUUGCAGCGGUUUGAGCAUGUCUUCGAUGAACUGGUCAAGACUGAUGAAGAUCUUUAUCAUUGGGAAUUAACAUGGAAGAAGAUGGAUAGGAAAGUUAGAAAGAUGGAGAGAUUCAUUGGUAUUAGCACGAAUUUGUAUCAAGAGCUGGAAGUGCUUGCGGAACUGGAACAGACUCUAAGGAGAAUGCAGGCAAGUAAUGAUGACCCAAAUCGGGUAAGCUUGCUCGAGUUCCAGCAGAAGGUUGUGUGGCAGCGGCAGGAGGUGAAGAAUCUCCGAGAGAGAUCUUUAUGGAACAGGACAUAUGAUUACACUAUCCUCUUCCUUGGGAGGUCUUUGUUCACGAUAUUCAGGAAGAUCAAGCAUGUGUUUGGAAUUAAUCAUAAAGAAGCUGUAGAUGGAGUUGAUGAUUCAAAAGUUUUGAAUACAGAUUAUCUUUCUCGAAGUCACUCUGUUUCCACACUGAUACAGUCGUCAGUUCAUCCAUCUGAGAAAAACCGUGUUAUGUUCUCUUCAGGUCCUCUUGGUCAGUCAAUUUCAAAAUCAGGGCCUAUAUCAAGCAUGAAGAAAGCUAGCAACAGGCAUCAGCAUACUCAUGAGAAUUCGUCUACCCCCCUCCAUGGGAAGAACCUACGUUCAAAAACAAAGCGGUUGCCUAGUGUAGGCCCUUUCAAAGGAUGCAUGAUGGGUGGAAGUGACACUCCAGUGUUGCAAAGCUACACACCUGUAAGUCAUGGCUCUCGGAAGUCCAAUGUUGUUUAUUCAGGAAUUCUCAACGGAGUAAAAGAUGCUAAUGCAGAACUACUUCCUCACAGCAGCGUACACCGUACUAAUCUCUCUCUCUUUAGUUCUAAGCAAAGAUUGUUGAAUGCCCCUCCAUCAACUCUUGGUGCUGCCGCUUUGGCACUCCAUUAUGCAAAUGUGAUUAUUGUAAUUGAGAGACUAGUGACAUCUUCUCAUCUUAUUGGUCCUGAUGCAAGAGAUGACCUGUACAAUAUGUUGCCCACAAGUGUAAGAAUGGCACUAAGGGCUAGGCUAAAGUCAUAUUCCAAGAACAUGGCUUCAUCCUUUUGUGAUGGUGUUCUUGCAGCCGAAUGGAAUGAUGCUUUGGCAAGGAUACUAGAAUGGUUGGCGCCACUUGCUCAUAACAUGAUAAGGUGGCAUUCUGAGCGGAAUUUCGAGCAGCAGAACUUAGUUUCCAGGACAAAUGUGCUUCUGGUACAAACUCUGUACUUUGCAAAUCAGGCAAAGACAGAAGCUGCAAUAACGGAGCUUCUUGUGGGUCUCAAUUACAUCUGGAGAUUUGGGAGAGACCUCAAUGCAAAAGCUUUACGGGAAUGCACUGGCAGUGGAAACUUAGACGAUUAUUUGGAUCUGAAGGGCUGAUUUAUUUUUCUGGUUUCUGGCUGAAUCUCCCAAAGGUUUCCUGGAAGUCUUGUUAAAUGACCAGUGGUAGAGUUCAGGAGCUCUGUAUGGAUAAAGGUUUGAUCAAGUGUAGCUUGAUGCUGAAGUCCAUGAUUUUACCCAUGGAUUCAGUUUCCAGUUUGACAAACACUGGUCAUCUGCUUGGAGGAGUGAGUGGCAUGGAUUUUAAUUCUAUUGAAUUCUUUGGUACCAAAUGCGCAUUAUUCCAGAAGUUUAAGGUACAGUUUCAGCAUCUGAGCUUUUUGUUUUUCCCUCUUUUGAGGUGAACUGCAAAUCCCGCCUCUUGGGAUAUUGAGACUGGCUAGCACUGCCUGCAUCGCAUAAAUCAUAUUUUGACAUUGUAUCAUUACACUCUCCAUGGACUUCCAGAAAUUGUAUAUUGAUAGCAACCUUCAGUGAAAUAUGUAAAUUUUACUAUAUAGAAGCUUAUUCUCCCUCCAUUCCCUCACCCAAAAACACUUAUUUUCCUUGAAUUGAAACAGGUUAUGGCAAUCUGACAUUUGUGUUCUAUGUCGUUCUC